ACGAAAGUGGAAUUUUAAAAAAAAAAACUUUUAAGAAACGAAAGAUAUAAAAGAAGAGUCCAAAGAAUUUUUCAACAGUCUUUCGUUUCAAAUCUCUUCGUCUACAUCUUUCCUUUUCUUAAAAGAAUUUUUCCAAAACGCUAAGAAAUUUACAAAAAAAUAAAAAAAUGUCCACAAAAAUAUUUGUUAUUUUUCUCUUUCUUUCGAUAACCAGUGCUUGUUUAAUAACCAAUUGUCCACGUGGUGGUAAAAGAAAUUACGAAGAUUCUUCCAUUGAAAGUGAAAAUAAUUCACAACAACUGGAGAAAAAUUCAGAUCAACAGACAAUAAAUUCCUGGGACAGAAUAUUACGGCAAAAUUUAAAAAAUCGAAAUCCAACCAAAAAUUCCAAAGAACUUGGACUCCUUUUAUUACUCAAUGUCUGCAGAAUGCUACCGCAAAGGGAAGAUUAUAAAAUUUGUUCCUCCCAAUUAUUAAAGUAGCAAUAUGUAUUAAAUAAAGGAAAACAAAAAAAACAUACAACAAAAUUAGUAUGGAAAAAUUGUCAUUGUA